GUCCGGCUCCCCGAAUUGCGGACGGAGUUGAAUAAUUUAUGCUUAGUCUAUAUUGAUAGUUUCUAUUUUGAUCGUCUUGGUCACAUUCGAUUGCUAUUAAGACUUUCAGUGGAGUGAACUGGAUUGUUUACCAUGUCUCUCUUCCGCAGCAGUUGCAGGGCCGCCUCCGUGCAGGUCCGUGGCUUCACCUCGUCGGCCUCUCUUCGAGUCGGUCCAGAGUCACCCAAUUUCGUCGAUGUCCCUCGUACCAUUCAACCAGACCUGCCUUCGAAGCAACAUGUAAAGGGUACACUGCCUGUUCCUCGCGAAAUCUUCCCCGUUCGCCGAGCCGACAAGCCGUCCGAGGAGUACAUUUCUGCCGCAACCCCCCUUCCUUCUAAAGAAAACAAAGUCGAUCCGAACGAUCCCCAUGCCCAAUAUAUCAACUGGAAGCGCCGAAUGGCGGAUAUGAGGAGGCAAAAUCUCAGAGAAGGUCUCCUAGAGUUGCACAGCCGAAAGCAGCGGACGGAUAAGUCGAUGAUGCAACGGAGUGCCGACAAGCAGAAACGACGAGAGCGCAUUUUCCGUCAGCCAGAGAGAGAAGAUGAACGGUUGACUCGCCCUUCAGUCGUUCAGGAGAUGCUCCCUAAGCGCACCCCAGUGCUACCAGACCCCAACCGGGAAGAGCGUCUUGCGCUAUCCCACGCUCGGUUGGAAGCUAUAAACGCCCAGAAGCAAGCGGAGCAGCGGGACUCUCUUCAAACGCUGUACAUGAAUGCCCGGAAUUUCAUCACCACCGAAGCUCAGCUUGCAGCUGAAAUCGACCGCGUCUUCCCUGAGGGUGAGAACGAGGCUUGGCGCAAUGACCACCAGCAGGGUGAGAACAUCUGGAACUUGGGUGUACCCCCAACCGUCCAGUCUAUCGUCAAUGAGUCCAGGAAGAGCGAGGCAGCUCGCUGGGAUCUCAUCCAGGGCAGAGUCAAGAAGUUGGGCGAGCAGAUCACAGGGGGCAAGUUGUGAAUAUCAUGAAGACACUGUAUAUUACUCUAAAUUAUUGAGCUGAACCUCUUGUUUCUUUAUACACCUAGUCUAGUCGACGUUGGCAUCAAUCGUUUGCUUUUCCUCUGCAAUUACUGAACCUAUCCAUGACUUGAACACUGAUCUGAAAUUCCGGUACUAUCUAUAAUAUGCCUUUAC